AUGGAUACGAUUGAUCUUGCCCAAGAAUAUGCUCUUGGUUGUAGUAAUUUCGAUUGGAAUCGUACCAAGGUUAUUAAAUCUACAACUACUACAGAAAAUAAGAGAGUUCGACCAGAUGUCACAAUCUAUUAUAAUAGAGUGCUUGUUGAGGUGAAAGAUGUUAAUUCUCGGUUGGAAGAUGCAGAAAAAGGCUUAGAUGAAUACUUUGAUUUUUGGAAUCCACCUGCCUUUGGUAGAUUACCAUUUGUCAUGGCUUUUGCAACAGCUGGUAAUAAUUGCAAUUUUAUUAUUAUUAUGUGGACAGCAUAA